ACUACUGUUUCCACUCGGGGAUGCACUUCCUCAACGCCCAUGCGUCCUUCGACCUUUGGGCCGAGCGGUCGCUGCAGAUGAUCUACCCUACGGUAGCGAUGCACUACUGGGACUUCACCAUCGAUGCCGCCACCCUCGGACCAGAGUACACGUUCGUAGACGCAGGCAUGUCUUCUCCGCGAGCUGUUCAACAGGAGGCUAACCCGAUGGGCCAACACCCAAACUCGACGAUGCACCGCAGUUGGGCGAACAGCGCAGUUUUCAGCAAUGACAUGUACGGGUCGGCACUGGGGUCCCCCGACAAUGGCGACCAGAUCUCCGAGGGCUGGUUUGCCGACGUGAAGUCCAUCUACGACCCGGACGAGACGUUUUUGCAAGAACAAAUCAACCCUGGCCACAGCGUCUACGGAUACAUUGACGCGAAGUUGAACAUCCAGGGCGAGAUGGAGUUCGCCACGUGUAAUGUACUCAUCAACUGCUUCGAACAAAACGACAACAUCUCUGAGUGGAACGAGUGCAUGGAAAAUCAGGUGGACAUGGUGCAGUUCCAGGAGGAUCACCCUGUGUUCAAAGCAGGGCUGCUGUCCUUCGCGCUGGAGUACAUCCUCGUCGGCACGUGGCCGAGCAACUCCUUCAUGAAGAGCCACAACACGUGCGACAUGUCCUGCACCGUGGGGCAGACACAGGACUGCGGGUGCACUUGCAACACCGAUUUCUACGACUGGUCUGACGACGAGGUAUACGACAUGAUGGAGUCACAAAUGGGGACGAUGAACAACAGAGCUCACGGCGACAAGUACGUCUACAGGGACCUCGGCGCCACCUAUCAGUACGGCUUCCAGCAGAACGGAGUUCGGCUGGAACACGACGACAACAUGCUGCUCAUGCGCACCCUCUUGACGCUCGCGUGUGAACCGGGCGCUUUGGGGGCAAUGAGCGUCGGACCCAGCAUCCUCGACCCAGUGUUUUGGGCACUCCACCCGAUCUUCGAAAAAGCUACACAGCUCUUGCAGCUUUCCCCGACCUAUAAGGAUACUUACGACUUCACGUGGGUCGGGAUUGACUGCGGCGACGGCGUGUCCGGCGGGCAGGUGGACGAGACCAUGCCGUUUACAGAGCGGGACUUCGGCUUCGGCGACGGCGACGAGCCCCUGACGAACCAGGAGAUCAUCGAUUUCCUGUUCCCGACGAACCCCAGGCUGCCCUACGUGUAUGACAAGUUCGACUCCUGGGGAGUCUGCACAGAUUGGGACUUUGAAGUGGCUGCGACUUAACAAUGCCGUGGGUGUGUGCCAUCCAGCUUGGCGAACCGUGUGGAACGCCGGGCUGUGCUUGAUAAUAUGCUCGAGCUUCUCGUUGGUCGCCAAUGAAGGACACGCCGCAGGUUGACUUGCGAACACCCGCGCUGUACGGGUCCAUGCCAGCGAUGUAUGUGGUGCCUUUCUUGUAGUGAUGUUGACGUUGCGGGGUCCGUUUUUCCAUUUUCCUUCGGUAUCUACCCUCGCGACACACGACACUCGAGCGCUGUCUGGUGUCUUCGGCGUAAGUUCAAUUCAGUUAAUGUUGGGGUGAACCACCGCUGCACAGACAGAUGGUUUACCGCCGUAUCCACGAUGAUACGCAUACAUCCGUCGAUUCUUUUGAGAAUGUUUUCUGACGAGGACGCGGGCAAUGCCUUAUAUCACCACUUUUCAUUGGCGGCAGAUUCGGCGCGAGGUCCACUGCAAAAGGUGGCCCGACAUAGUUUCAUGUCGGGGCAAGAGGAGAAUAUGCUAUUCAGGGCAGUGCCACUACUGUAUGCAAAAUCGGGUUCAUGAACAUGUUGAGUUUGUGACCAGAGAUUUGAUGCCACUAUAAAUAUAGGCAUUUCCACUGUUCAAGUUGCCACUAUAUCGGGCCGCUUGCUGUACCGGUGCCUCCUCGCAAGGGCAGAAGGAAAUCAACUUGGGUUCCCUGGAUCGUGGCAAGAUCGUUCCUCGGUGAUUGUGUAGGGCGCAUCGUGGCUUUUGUGAGGUUUGACGAGGAAACGAUUUUCAGGUGUGAGAAACGGCGCGUGACAUGGUUUUCGCGGUGACGUACUCAUUGUGGUGCGUGUUUGUAUUUGUACUUAAUAACAGGCUAGACUUCAGUCUAAACCCCCAUUCGAUUUGCCAGGAUGUUCUCAUCGUCACCUAUUGUGCAGACACAUGUUCUCAGUCGCUGCGGCGUUGAGAACAGGUCAUGUCUAUUCGGGAGGCCAGGAUGCCACGAUCCCUAGCCGUCUGGAUUUAGAGAUGUUCUGCACGAUGUCCGAGGAUGUUAUAUCUACAGUUCAUACCAUCGCAACAUUUCAAGGAUCUAUGUGCUAUCCAGAGGGAGUUGCUUUCGUUGCGUUCGGAAGCAGCGUGUGAGAAUGUGAACCGUCCCUAUGCUGUAACCUUCACGACCCUUUGACGAUAGCUCUGUUUGGUGUUUCAUCUCUCCUUGCCUCCGGUCGUUCCGGUCCGGUUUCUCUUUCGAGAUUGGUGGUCAGAGAGCUGUCGUGCAAUGCUCCUACAUACGAGAGCACGAGAUUCCUAACUCUUCGAAACCACGAUUGUCCUUCCCUGUUCUACUUGUUGUUGUUGUUGUUGUUGCUGUUGUUGUUGUUGUUGUUGUUGUUGUUGUUGUUGUUGUUGUCUUCACAUUCAAACCCGUUCCGGUCUCCACUCAGUACCUUCUAAUGUCCGUACUGGUCCAACUGACGGAGGACGCCUUUCGUGGUCACAAGCCAACUGCCCCCCGUAGGGUUGCGAGGAGAAAAUUCACCUUUCCGACGUGCAUAGUUGAGACUUACGGGGACACUAUUGCCCGUGCUGUUGCUGUUUCUUUUCGCAGCGCUUCACUUUUCUUUAGUACUCUUGUUAAAACAUCUGCUUCUUGAAGCUGCGUAAUGUUCACUUCAUUCCAAUCUCGUCUGCGCCACAGCCGCUACAAAAGGGGAAACGUCUUUAAAGGAAAAUUGCUAUUGUUGCAGCGUCGACUGAUCCGGGCGAGAGCUACGCCGCCAAAAUUGUUUUCGUGUUUCCUUCGUUCUUGUGUUUUCAACGCUCAUCUGUGCAAGUAUGACAUACGGAGCAACUUUGGCCAAAGUGCGG